UCAGUAUAGUUUUAACAUAGUCAUCGAAUAGACAGUGUUGUGUCUUGAGAGUUCGUAUAAUACAAUUGAACGAUACUUAUUAUUUCACCUGUAUGCAUCUUAUGGCGCGACUGUGUACGUGUUAUUUUGUAUAAAUCGUGCUCGGUAUUCAUUUUUCCUAUACGAAAUGUUUGGAAGUCAGUGACUUAAUAGUAAAGGUUUUAUUAAAAUUAACGUCACACUCAAAGAAGCGAUUUUUAUUUUGGAAAUUAUGUAGAAUAUACCGACACUUCUGAAUAUUUUUCGAGUUUAUGUAUUUGUGCAUUUCAAGUAGUUAAAAACUCAUAGUGGAUUUUAUUAUCGCAGAACAAAAUAGAUUCUAUAGCCAAUGCUAUUUCCAGAUAACUCAUAUUAGUGAAAUCGAAUAUUUGUUCGCUAUAAAAUCAAAUUAUACAUGAACAAGAUUGUGUGCUAUAUCAGGUCGGUUUCUUAUCUUUUUUUUUAAUUGUAACAAUUGACUUAAAAGUAUGCUUAGGUGUCGAAUAACAUUUUAGUGCGCUCCAAUUAAAUUUUGUGCGAGAAUUUUUUAAGCUAACAAAAUGCCAAUAUUUAAUAAAAAGCCAAAGCAAAGCCCAACAACAGUGCAACAGCAAUAUGACAAUAACAAUUCAAAGGCAGGUGUUUUAUCAUCGUCCUCAUCGCCGAUGAAUAGUGUUGAAAGACGUGUGCCACAGCCACAACCGACCGAAUCGAACGUAUCGAAGCCACAAUUAGUGUUCCAUUGUCAAUUGGCUCACGGAAGUCCCACGGGAUUAAUUAGCGGAUUUUCCAGCGUUAAGGAGCUGUAUCAAAAAAUAGCUGAAUGCUAUGACUUUUCGGUUGAUGAGAUUCUCUUUUGCACCCUCAACUCACAUAAAGUCGACAUGACGAAAUUGUUAGGCGGCCAGAUCGGACUCGACGAUUUCAUAUUUGCACACAAAAAAGCUCGUCCGAAGGAAAUUGAAAUCAUCAAAUCACAAGAUGCACUUGGCUUAACCAUCACGGACAACGGUGCUGGAUACGCUUUUAUCAAACGCAUUAAAGAGGGAAGCAUAAUCGAUUCUAUACCGCACAUACAAGUUGGUGACCACAUAGAGAAAUUGGAUAAUGUAAAUGUGGUUGGUAAACGCCAUUAUGAAGUUGCGAGAAUGUUGAAGGACAUACCUACUGGCUCGACAUUUACCCUACGUUUGGUUGAACCAAUGAAGAGUGGCUUUCAGGGUAUUGGUCCGCGAAGUGGACCCAAAGGUGGUAAUAAAAAAGGAGGCUACGGUUCCGGCAAAGAGACCUUACGUUUCAAAGCUAAUGGGAAUGCCGCUAUCGAAGAUGAGCACGAUGAGUCUGCGCAACUGGGAAUUGACGCUAUCAACACGCUGUUAGAUUCGUUUAUGGGAAUUAAUGAUGCCGAACUAGCUACCCAGAUAUGGGACCUUGGCCUGAAUAAAACUAAUUCCAUGGACUUUGCUGAAGCUGUUGAUGGUUCAGAUUUAGAGGCUUUCGGUUUUACAGACGAUUUUAUUAUUGAAUUAUGGGGAGCUAUUACGGACGCAAGACAAGGAAGACAUAAAACAUAGUGGUCUACAGAAAU